GUUGAUCAAACCAAAAUUGAAGUCGCCAGUGAGGAGAGAGCGAGACUGUUGCUUUGCUUCGCUUCAGUGGUGAAGAUGUCCGUUGAGCCGCCGCCCUUCCAGGAAGCCUCUCGCUGCGAUGUCUGCAAAUGCAGCUUCUCCACCUUCCGCCGCCGGCAUCAUUGCCGAUGUUGUGGCCGUACUUUAUGUGCUGAACAUUCUUCUGAUCAAAUGCCGUUGCCACAAUUUGCCAUUCAUACGAACGUGCGAGUUUGUGCUAAUUGCUUCAAUGACAGAUCUGGACUGAGGAAGGAUGGCGUGUCAGGUGCCACAAAUGAAGUUAAUGCUGUAACUGAUUCCAUUUCUAGAUUAGAUAUAGGUGAUGUUUCUGAUUUGAAACCUGAAGUUAGUUCCGAGAAAUCUGCUUUCCCUAGCAUUUCAGAAUGCAAGUGUGGAAUGCCUUUAUGCAUUUGCGAAGCACCAGCUCCUUCAAAGGAUUCUAUGUCAUCACAGCCAUUUACUGCACCCUCAUAUAACCCUGUUCAAUCAUUUCCAAAGCCUAAAAAGACAGAACCAACUCCUAAAAGUAGAGGAUCAACAUCAAACAGUAGGCAAGGUAAUCUUUUCAAUCCUGGUCAAGUUUCCAACCCUUCUGAGGAUAUAUCAUCCGCUGAAUAUGAAAUCACUGGAGAGGGCUUGAGAGAAGCAAUUAAAAAUGGCGACACGGAUGCUGCCAAGAAGCUUUUGAGUCAGGGAGUGGAUGCUAAUUAUCGCGACAAGCAAGGCUCGUCUUUACUACACUUGGCAGCAGUUUUCAAUCAAACUGAGAUAGUUUUUGCUCUCAUGGACCAUAAAGCAAGUUUGGACUGCAAGAAUUCACAAGGUGAAACACCUCUAGAUUGUGCUCCUGCCACAUUGCAGUACAAAAUGAAACAGAAGAUGAAAGACGAUGCAAACUAAGACCACAUCUCACCUAUGAUGCAUAAAUAACACACUACUUCAAAUUCUUCAGCAAUAUGCACUUUAUUGAGGUUCACCUAUUUGGUCAUGAGAUGAAGAUCAUACUCUACAAGACCUCACCGUUCUUGAGAUUGCAAUAAGCUUGCUAGGUUGCUGUACAUUAUUACGUCUUUCUGUAACAAACAGCUAUGCACGGGAACUUGUAGAAAUACCAUGCCAUAUUUGAUCCCUUGUCAGUUUCAGUUACUGCCUAAAAAUAUUCCAUAAACAGUUUCCAACUAUAUAAGAAUUUAACAUCAGCUUAUGCUGUUCGUUGCA